AAAUAAAAUCUGUGUCACAGUCUCACAGUUACAAGAAAUACAUGAUUUUGAAAAUUAAAAUAGUAAUUUACUUUUAGUGACAAAAAUGUAUGGAAAAUGGAUGUGUUUCGUGAUAUUAGACCUCGUCAUCGUAACCUACGGCAGCCGUGGCCGAUUUUAUCACGACCUCCACACCAGCCACGACAAGAACCCUUGGAGUGGGGACUGGAGCCAAAGCUGGCAGCAUGACUGGUUCGGCCAGACUACUCCUCGGCCCACCAGACGGAAGACCACAACUGCCAGAGUUGUAACUGAGAGUACCCCGACCCCAACGCAUCCUCAACCCGUUAUCAGAGAAGUCGAAAUAAGACUCGGAGAAAGGCAGACAACUGACUCCCCCACUCCGACUCCCAGACCGAUAACUUUAAUACAAGAUGAGUCUCUCGUGAAAGAGCAAAAGCCUCAAACUGUGAUCAAUUCCGGCCCGAAUCGUGAUAAUUUUCAAAGUGUAGCCGAGAAUUCUGCUAUCAAACCUGUACAAGCAGAAAUGACUUUAUCGAAUAAUGAUAAUAAUCCAGUUUUCAUUCCUGCGUCAGAUAAUAAUAAUGGUUUUGGAAUAUCAGUAGUAGAUGAUUCCAAGGCUAAGCCUAUUGAACAAGGAACUGCUCUACCAAAUAACGAUGCCAAACCCCAAGACAGCACUGCAACUGAUCAAAUUGCACCCAUAAGUACUAUAGACGCAGUUGGCAAUCAAGCUAAACCUGGCCAAGCAGAUACAAAUGAUAGCAAAAAGCCCGUUUCAGAUGAUGAUAACUAUCAAGAAUAUUUAGCAUCGAUAGACGCAGCUUUAGGUGGUAUUCAAGGAACUAAUAAUGCGAAUGAUGCAAAAGCACCACUGUUCGAUGAGAAAGCGAGUAUGUGGCAUGUCGCUAUUUAUGAGAAGAAGAUGGCAUUGACUGAAUAUAUUUAUACAUGUGGAGGGUCGUUGAUCAAGGCUGACAUAGUUAUUUCAGCGGGGCACUGCUUCUGGUCCCCCGUGUGGCAGGCGCUGCCGACGACGCGGUUCCGUGUCGCAGCCGGCAAACUGUAUCCCGACUACGAUGAUCAGAGAGACACUAAUGCACAGUAUUCUGAGGACACACUCCAUAAUAUUGCAGCGGGGCACUUCCGGUUCCCCGUGUGGCAGGCGCUGCCGACGACGCGGUUCCGUGUCGCAGCCGGCAAACUGUAUCCCGACUACGAUGAUCAGAGAGACACUAAUGCACAGUAUUCUGAGAUUAAAAACAUAUCAAUAUCAGAGAUGGAUGACCCGUGUAAGCAACCGGACUUGGCCUUCAUGUAUCUGGAGAGGCCGUUCAAAUACACCAGCGUCGUCAAGCCGGCGUGCUUCAGCUUGGAUUGGGACUUGGAGACUAUCAGGCAGAUCAGGGAAGAGAAUCUAGGAACGGUAGCAAGUUGGAUCGCUAUAAAGAACGGUGAAUGCGCACCCCGACGACACAGCUGGCUGUCCCUCCCGUUCGUCAAGAACGACGUCUGUCAGUAUAAGGUGCACUACCAGACCACUGGAAGCAGCUUGAUCUGUCCUGGCGAGAUGAAUAUUACAACUAAAUGCGAUACUGACAGCGGCAACGGCUUGGUAUUUUAUCAAGACAAGGUCCCAUUCAUCCUUGGUGUUGCCACCGCGCCCGUCAUUCGCCGAUGUGGUAGACUUUACAGCCGCAGAACUUACACCGUAUCGACCAUAAUCGAGGAGAGUGGAGAUUUAAGGAAAUUCUUGAGGGGCAUUACUGAUGUCUACAAUUUGGGCGAAUGUGAGAGCUUGUACAAAAAUGCUGAUAAUAAUCAGAACAACGGAACGGACUACGGGUUUGGAGAUAGAUUCGAGCAGGUUGCCCCACCUGCAGAAGAGGGUAACUUGUACACUGGGCAAGGCAUAGGGUCCACGGCGGUGCCGACGCUGCCGGGCACCAGCGCCCCCUCCUUCCAGUGGCACGUCGGGGUCUACAGCAAGCGCUGGGCGCCGUACAUGCAGACAUGCGGCGGGUCGCUCGUCAAACGCGACUUCGUUAUAUCAGCGGCCCACUGCUUCUGGGAAGACGUGGGGGGUCAGCAGCGCGCGAGCCUGUUCGCGGUGGCCGCCGGCAAGCUGUUCCGCCCGUGGAACAUCACGCAGGAUACUUACGCGCAACAUUCUGACGUCUCAGACAUAAUCCUGCCCGCCCGGUUCCGCGGCGGCACCACCAGCUUCCAGGAUGACAUCGCCAUCCUGCGGCUGACCACCCCCUUCACGUACGCGCCGGGCGUGCAGUCCGUCUGCGUGAACUUCGACAGGCAGUUCGAAAUGAAACAGUUGCGACCGGGGAACAUCGGAACGAUCCUCGGCUGGGGUCUGACGGAAAAGAACGGCGAUCCAUCACAGCGCCUCACAUACCUGGACCUCCCGUACAUUGACGUCGACAAGUGCUUCGCGGACUCCGAGUUCUCCUUCCACAAGUACAUCACUAGCGACAAGAUCUGCGCCGGAGACGUUUUCACUGGCAAGGCGCUCUGCCGCGGCGACAGCGGGGGAGGCUUCGUACUCUACUCCUCAGAGAUCCCUUACCUGCAUGGCGUCGCGUCCACCGCCGCUGGCGACGACAACCUUUGCAACGCCUUCGCCAUCGCCGCCUUCACAAGCCUCUACGCACACCGCGCGUUCCUUAGAGACAACAUACCGAACAUAGAAAAGGAAUGUGUUCAAUCAGAGACUAGAACACAAGCACAAAGAGUUAAUGUAGACACGGCUCUUGGGAUAGAGGGCGCUGUGACGACAGGGGCUCCGACCUCAGUGUAUACCAACAUGCCGUAUUUCCCUUACCCUAAUCAUUUUGUGUGCAAUUGCAAUUGUAAUCCUUAGCUUUAGUAUUAAUAAAAUAGGAAGAGAGAA